AUGUCUGAAACAUUGGAUGAUACAACUGUAACAACGGUUACUGCAACAACAAAUAAAACAGAGGAGCAUUUAUCAUCUUCAUCAUCAUCAUCAUAUCAUAUAGCAUCUAAUAGUGUACAAUACUCAUCUGAUGCUUCUUCACCGGAUAGAGAAGUUAUGGAUAAUGAAAAAGAUCAUGUCUCAUCACAUAAGGAAAAAUUAAGCAACGAAACGAAGAAGCAAGCAAUGGGUGAUAUUUGUAGUAGAGAUGAUCCGACGAAAAGUAUCGUCGAAUCAACAACCGUUUCACAUAUUGUCAAUGACAAUGUUAGCAAUCAACAGCUAUCAAAACCAUUGAAAACAGAUACAAAAUCAAUUGAAACUAAAAAAAUGCAAACAACACGUCAACCAGAUGAAGGCCGACGUCGUAGUGGUGGCGUCUUUUACGCUGCUCAUAAUCGACGGGGCGUAAUCAGUUCCGGAAGUAGGUUUCGUCCAACCACGUACACAGCUCGUGAUUAUUGGCGCCCUCAUUCAACGACUGAUGGUUACAAUAAUAACAAUUUACGACGAUCAACUCCCAGUACAACAAUUAAUCAAACAAUCAAUACUACUGUAACAACUGGAACUACAAUUUCCAUCAGUAAUACUGGAAAUACAAAUCAGCAUCGUGCUAUCACUGAAUCUGCAAAAAACAUGAAUUCACAUGCAAAUACUUUCAGUCAUCGAUCACAAGUAAUACGAACAUUUCAUAAUGGAGCAUUACGUGCAAAUCGUACGUGGCGUGGUAAUAACGUCGCAAGAAAUUCACGUAAUAAUGCGGUAGUUCCAUCUGGAUUCAAUUCCCAAAUUAUAACAGUUUCAAAGCUUAAUAGUGAAAGCGCAUUAAAUGGAAGUUGUAGCAGUGGUGGUGUUAGUGGUAGUGGUGGUAGUGGUAGUGGUGGUGAUGGAUCACGUACUUAUACCGGUGAUAUGUGCUAUUCUUCUAGCAAUACUAUUUCUAUUCAAAAACGUGGCAAAUUACCAAUCAUUUAUGUUGCACCAACCGGAACCAUUUCAAUUUUACUCAAUAAAGGUGUCACAAUUGAGGUAGCAGUUGAUCGAGCUGUUCGAGUUCUUUGCCACGAUAAAUUUUCGGCAGUAUGCAAUAGCCGUGGUACUAGUUCAUGUAUAUUACAUAAAAAAGCUCGUAUCUUUCAGCAGAAUGAAAAAGUUUUUUGUAAUUUUGGUUCAUCAUUAACAGGAAAUGAUAAAGCAGCAGUAUUCGGUACACAAGGUAUAUUAUUUACAAUGUCACAUCUUGGUGAAGCAUAUUUGGUAUCAUCAACAAUUGUUAAAUGCGCUUUAUCCGUUUCACUUGGACGUUUGCAAUUCCCAAGUUUAAAUUAUGAUUUCACUGUACGCAUGUUUUUCACCGAAUCACAAAAUGGUGAUCAGUUCACAGAAUUAUGUAAUGAAAUUGUACAGGAAGCACGUUAUGAAAAACGUGGUGAUGGUACUCUAAUACUAUCAAUUAACGGUGUUUAUAUAAAGCAAGAUGAACGUGGUGAUAUUGAGGUGAAUUGUCGUCCAAAACAUAUCAGUUGUUCACCAACUGAUGGUAUUGUACAUAUUCGCACAAAUAUGGUUGAUAUGGCUGUUCAGGAAGAUGAUAAGGCAUUUGUGAAGAGAGGGCUGAAACGUGUUCACGUAAGUCGAAGUGGUAUGGUUGUAUCCGAUGGUAAUUGCAUAACAUCAAUGGAUCAUCUUGGAAAUAUCGUCUCAUCAACAUGA